UACUCGUCUCGAUCGAAAGUGUUCCCAUUCAAAAGUAGUUCAUCAAGCGUGAUGCAUGCCUAUAUAAAGUAAAAUGUUGAAUAAUAACAAGUGACAAUUAAACUUAUGUGUCAGGUUUCAAAAAAAAUUUAAUGUUGAUUGAAAUGUGCGAUAUUUUAUUCAAACGGAGCUUUUGAUUUACUGAAAUCAGUGAUGGUGAUAAUAUGAUUCAUUUCAAAUAAAGUCGUGCAAUUUCAAAUUGUGGAUAGAGUAGAUAGAAAUUGUCAUAGUAAAUGUGCGUGGAAUAAAAAUUCAAUUUUAUACGUUGUGAAGAAUUAUAUCUUUAUUCUGACUAAAGAUGAGUAUCUUGAAUCGCAAGUUUAUCAAAUUUGUAAAACAUACCAUUGAAUCAUCAAGUACUAUUAUUAGAACUAUAGAAACUUUGACAACAGAAAUCGAGGAGCAAGAUUGGUCGCGGUGUCGUCCUUAUACCGAAAUUCCUGGUCCCAAACCAAUUCCCUUCUUGGGUAAUACGUGGCGAUUUAUACCAUAUAUAGGUAACUUCGAGAUCCAGGCGGUGGAUCAAGUAUCGAAGAGAUUAUAUAAAGAGUAUGGAGAUAUUGUGAAAAUAGAGGGUCUGUUAGGCAGACCGGAUAUGGUUUUCAUCUACGAUGCAAACGAAAUCGAGCGUAUCUUUCGGCAAGAAGAGAGGAUGCCAUAUAGACCUUCGAUGCCGUCCUUAAAUUACUACAAACAUGUGCUUAGAAAGGAGUUCUUCAGAAAUAAUGCCGGCGUAAUCGCUGUGCAUGGUGAGAGCUGGUACAAUUUCCGGAGCAAGGUGCAACAAGUAAUGUUACAACCACGAACAGCAAGAAUGUACAUUAGCGCUAUCGAAGAAGCGAGUCUAGCAUUUCUUCGCAGAAUUAGAAGAAUACGGGAUGAAGAUGACGAGGUGCCUGAUGAUUUUCUGAAUGAAAUACACAAAUGGUCACUAGAAUCUAUUGCCCGUGUUGCAUUGGACGUUCGAUUGGGUUGUUUGGAUGAUGAUGCUAAUGUUAAAACUCAGCAAUUAAUUGACGCAGUUACAAUAUUCUUUAAGAAUGUCGGAGUCUUAGAAUUAAAGAUUCCAUUUUGGAAAUUAUUCAAUACACCUACGUGGCUGCAAUAUGUGAACGCCCUUGACACCAUAGUAAACAUAACGUCUAAAUACACAGUGGCCGCUCUUUCAAGGAUAAAAGAAGUAGAGAAAUCUGAUAAGGAACAGUCCCUUCUGCAAAGAAUAUUGGCUCUUGAAAAUGAUACUAAAUUGGCUACUAUCCUUUCUCUUGACCUAUUUUUAGUUGGUAUUGAUACAACUUCCAGUGCGGUAGCAUCAACUUUGUAUCAAUUAGCUUUGCAUACUGACAAGCAAAAUCUCGCUUAUGAGGAAGUCUGUAACGUGCUACCAGAUAAAGAUAUGCAGCUUGAAGGGAAGCAUUUGGAUAAAUUGAAAUACUUAAAGGCGUGCAUUAAGGAAACUCUUAGGAUGUAUCCAGUGGUUAUUGGUAAUGGGCGAUGUAUGACCAAGGACACAAUAAUCAAAGGAUAUCGUGUACCAAAAGGCGUGCAAGUAGUUUUCCAACAUUACGUAAUAAGUAAUCUUGAGAAGUACUUUCCACGCAGCGAGGAAUUCCUUCCAGAGAGAUGGUUGCAAAGUGACGGUGUGUGCCACAAAUUCGCAUCGCUUCCUUUCGGUUAUGGAAGAAGAAUGUGUCUCGGUCGACGUUUCGCCGAACUUGAGAUGCUCGUUGUUAUUAGUAAGAUUUGUAAUCUGCUUCAUGGUUGAUUAAAGAAAUAUUAUAAAUAUAGAACUGAAAUGAUAUUAUAAUGUGUGUUCACCUGGAUUCGAUCUAUAAUAAAUUAUUCCAUUAAUUUUAUGGCUCCUAUAAGUUUUAUUAUCUUUCACUUGACGAUCCGACAAGAGAGAAAGUGGCAAUAAAACAAAAUGUGGUCUUUUGAAUUGGGGAUUUUCUUGUAUUUUAUUGCACGAGCUUGCAAUUUUCCUAUACCUGGAGAAAUGUCAAAUUACUCUCUGCUAUUUUGAUAAAUUUUUUUGAUUUUUUAGGAAAGUACUGUGACGUUUAUACUUUAUUAUAUGUAUAUAAAUAAGAAGGCACAACUUUUUUGCAUUAGAAUCAAAAAUA